GUAAUGCUGUGUACACGAAAUGCAGCAUUCCAUAUUCAGCUUAUAAGGUCACGAUGGUAUAACGAAACUAGUAAUGAUCCGGCACAAGAAUCAUUUCUGGUUGCACAAAAAUUUGGAAUGGAACAGUCAGUAACAAUGGGCUGA